UUAUCAAUACAUCACGUGACUAAUAAAAACAGAAGUGGCAGAGUUGAUGGCUGCCUGAGAUAUUUACUUUUUGCAGACCACAAGAGACUGAGAUCGAUCUAGACUUCACCGUAGACAAAGAUAUUGCCAUGGACUUAAUGAAGCUCUUUCGGUCCUCAGUAUAUCAUGACAAGCCUGGUCGAGAGAGCAGUGUGACCACUUCCCCCAGUGCUAGUCCUCGUAAAGUCACGUCUCCUUCCUCUAGUCCACGACUCUCCCUCAAGACGCAACAGUCUCCUUACGGCAAAUCUCCACGUUCGCCCAGAGAUGUGCACUAUGACAGAUUCAUUCCUAAUAGAAGAUCCACAAGUCUGGCUAAGAGAUGUUUGUUUAUGAAUGACUUAUCACCAAGCAAAGAUAAGAAUGACGCAAGUAUUGAGCCUGUGAAGAACGAAACACUGACGUUUCAAUGUGCGCUCCAGAAUGAACUGUUGGGAAAAACAAUUACGGAAGUACCGGACCCCCACUCAACUGACGACCCACUCAGUCCUAUUGUGACUCCCUCCCCUAAAGAAAACACUCUAAAAUUCUCAUUGUCUCCUAAGAAAAUGAACCAACUUUCUAAAUACACAGUCUCACCUGUUUCUAAAAGCACAUCAAAGUUAUUAGUAUCUCCACAAAGAGUCACUCGCAAAAUAGCCAAGACACCAUUCAAAGUCCUCGAUGCCCCAGAGCUCCAAGACGACUUUUACCUAAACCUGUUGGACUGGUCCUCACAGAAUACAAUGUGUGUGGGGUUGGGCACGUCUGUCUACCUGUGGAGUGCUUGCACCUGUCAAGUCUCAAAGCUGUGUGACCUCCAGGAUGAUGGAGAUGUGGUCACCUCUGUCUCCUGGUCUGACAGAAGUCAACAUUUGGCAGUGGGCACUGUGAAUGGCCUGGUGCAGAUCUGGGAUGCAGCUGCUGAGAAGAAAGUGGCCACUUUACACGGACACUCAGCACGAGUGGGCUCUUUGUCAUGGAGUACGGACAUGCUGUGUUCUGGAAGCAGAGAUCACAUGAUUCUGGGCUGGGACCAUCGAGAGGCAUCUCGUCCAAUCAAACGCUACCAAGGUCACACGCAGGAGGUGUGUGGACUUAGAUGGUCACCUGACGGUCAGCUCUUAGCCUCAGGUGGCAAUGACAACAAGUUGUUUGUGUGGAACCGUUCAUCGUGUACACCCUACCAACGAUACUCUGAACACUGCGCAGCUGUAAAAGCCAUCUCCUGGUCUCCACACCAACACGGACUACUGGCGUCAGGAGGGGGGACAGCAGACCGGACAAUUCGCUUUUGGAACACUCUCACUGGGACACAGAUUCAGUCAGUGGACACUGGUUCGCAGGUAUGCAACCUGGCAUGGUCCAAGAGCACUAAUGAGUUAGUGAGCACACAUGGCUACUCUCAAAACCAAAUUAUUGUAUGGAGGUACCCGGCUCUGUCUCAAGUGGCCAAGCUAACAGGGCAUGCCCAAAGGGUCCUUUAUCUAGCAAUGUCACCUGAUGGUCAGACAGUGGUCACAGGGGCUGGUGACGAAACACUGAGGUUCUGGAAUGUUUUCUACAAAUCAAAGUCUCGAAAGGAGCCAGAGUCACGUCUAAGUAUGCAUCCCUUUAUUCGGUGACUGCAUCUUAUGCAAGACUCUGUCCAAUUGUUUUUCAUGAUCGUGUGAUUGUUUGUAAUUCGUAUGAUUUUUGUUUCAGUCAUUCAGUUACCUGAGCUUACCUCUGAACACUUUUUGAGUUUUGAGUUGUUUUCAUUCAUUUUUUUUGAUUUGUUCUUUCAAUCAUCAUUGUAUCGUUGAGUUUGUCACGAUACUAUUCGAUCAUUCUGAUUCUCGAACUUUUGAUGCACGUUAUUUUAUGA